UUUGAAAAAUUUAAAAUUUUUUGAGUUAAAUUACCAAAUUCACUAAAAACAGCAAAAAAGUCAAAAACACUUUAAGUUUGUGGCGAACCCAGGGUUACCCUUAAAGGAUGAGACUUCAGAGACGAUUGUACAGAAUUUAUUAGUCAGUUUCCUUAUAUUUAUGAUUCAAUGCAAACACUUUUUUCUUUAUUAAACGUUUACACAAUUUGUAUUAAAAUAACAUUGUGAUUUAUUUCCUCAUGUUUUAUGUAUAUUUAUAGUUUGUAAGAUUUGAAAGUUUAUGCACACUGCACAGUGCGCAGGUAGAAAUGCGCAGAUAUUUAGGCCAGUAGGAGUUAAAAAGUUAGAAUGGAAACAUCAGGCAUUUUAUUUGGAUUUAAAGAAAAGUAAAUCAAAAGCAAACAUUCAAAGAAAAUUGAUUUAUCAAAUUUGUUUAUUUGUUUAUCCAAAAUGAAUGUGAAUUUAGGACUGAAGAGAAUGGAUAGGAAAGAAUAAAAAGAUAGAAUUUGUCCAACUGAUGAAACCUGAGAUGAAAUCGAGUUUUAAUCAGCUUUUGAUCACCUUAUCCAUACUAGAUUUGUGCUACCUAAUAAUGACAGUCUGGGAUUACAGCGCUAUCAAGGUUUUCAAAUACGAGCCAGUGGUGUAUGUCUACAUGUUCCCGUACUUCUGGUACCCUGUAAAGAACAUUUUAAUGUCUUGGACCACCUUCUUGAUCAUGGGGAUUGCCACAGAAAGAUAUCUGGCUGUUUGCAGGCCCUGGCUGUACCGCAAUCUCGAGCAGACCCACAGUAUGAUGUUUCGUGUAUUAUCCUACACCCUGCCCUCACUAGCACUCUCCCUUCUACUCAAUAUACCAAAGUUUCUAGAGGCUAGGAUCGAGUAUAAGACCUUCAAGGAUGCAGAAAACAAUGAAACGGCUGAACCGUAUUAUGCUCCGACUGAACUGCGUCUUGACACCGACUAUGUUUACUACUACAUUCACUGGACCAGGUUGAUUUUGACCGGCGUGGGUCCGUUCCUCUACCUGUCCGCCAUGAACCUGAUGAUCUACUGCAGGAUGCAGAGGCCUACAACUGUCGUCCAGAGACGAUCUGCAGCUGCAAAGAAAGCGGGAAACCUUGCUUCAAUUCUUCUAGUCAUAGUUCUGGUUUUCUUGGUCUCUAAUGUUCCCAGGCUUAUUGUAAACCUAGCAGAGUUCUACUUUCAGAAUCCGGAAAAUGGAUACUUCUGUGAUCCAGUUUGGUGGCAGAUUUUGAUCAGUGUCAGCCAUCUUUUCCUCACUCUAAACAGCUCCUUGAACUUCCUGAUCUACUGCUCUGUUGGUGAGAAGUUCAAGAAGAUCUUCUGUAAGAGUAUCAGGAAGAUAAAACAGUUCUCUAACGUCAACUGUGCGGGAAUAAACCGUGUGGAUAGUGAAGAAGAAGAGGAUGAGGGGGAAAAUAAAAAUAAUAUUCCCCAGGACAACAAGGAAAUGACUGUCUGCACUGACGUAGAAAUUCUUGAAAUAGAUCGGAAAGAUAAAGCUGAGAGAAACAAUGACCUAGAAAUGAAAGCUAUUGAGACAUGUGAAAGUACAAGCACUGUACUGGCGUAUAUUUCUCCUGUAUCCAACUUUGACACACUGCCAAAGGCACCAUACUUGACUCAGUAUGAGAAAGAGAAGGAACCCAUCAAGGAGGAUACAGACCUGGAUACUGAUGAACCAGAGACCCAGAGAAAACAUGUUCUUAUCCUGUCACAGAAUCCGGAGAAGAUAAAGAUUAUAUACACCUCAAAACCAGAACAAGUUCAGCUGAAACAGAUAUCAGCAGAUUAAAUACUCUACUCACCAGAUUACGUAAUUUAAACACAAUAAUUACGUCAUGUUUUUGUCAUAGUGCCAAAGUCUAGUACAGCCUGAUCAGACGUUAUAAUUAUUGUAUUAUGAAUCUCAAAUUAUGCAUUGAUCUCCAACAUAUGCAGAUCUGCGCAUUAAUUCAAUUCCUCUUUGAUAUCCCAUGGUGGUCAUACCCUGCAAGGAUAGCUUUAGUUAAGGGAUCAAGCAGAUAUCCUCAAAUUUUGAAUUGAUGAAGCAUUUAAGAUUGAGUAACUUUGAUUAGAGUUCCAUACAAUGCUACCUACCAGGAUUAAACGAAGGAACUGAGUACUUGCCACAAACUCUGAGUUUCUAAUCCCAAAAUCUUUGCAACCAAGUAUUGUAGACCAAAGGUAUUUCAAACUAUAAAUUUUGUUAGAUUGAGUAAUCCUAGUUUGAAAUAUCCGAAUUUUAAAGGUUGCAAAAAGUCAAUUUCAUGAAUUUAGCUUCACUUUGCACAAUGGUUUUUUUUCCAUCAAAACAAAAGUGGAUCUUAAGAUCAAUUAAACUAUAAGGUAUUAAAAAAAAAUCAAAAUAAUCAAAAAUUUUUUUUUCAAAUAUAAAAAUUUCUGUUGAUAAAAUAUUAGUUAUAAAAGAUCAAUGAAAAAGUCCCAUUUCAUUAAAU